UUUGUUUUUUUAUCGUUAGAUGACGCAUAUUUUAUUUCUAUGUGAGCGUACUUUUCUUGUAUGGAAUCCAUCAUACCGACGGAUACAUGAAUGACUAAAGAUAGAUUCAGUUUCUUUUGCCAGCAUGGCGCUUUAUAUAUGUCACAGUUCUAUAUUUAAUCUUGAACGGAUCUUUGACACGAAUAUCAUAAAUAUCUUACUCAUUAUAUACUGUAUAUACAUAAAUAGUUAGUUAAUUUACAGAAUAUAAACUGUUACAUGAUAUUUGAUUUUUUAUACAAUAUUUUAUGAGCAAUAAUGGAACAGAGAAUGCUCACUUUUUGGAAAAUAAAAAAAAAAUAUUUCUCAACGCGGAAGAAGUACUGUUAUUUUUACUUCACGUAUUUUCCUCGCAAAAGUAUAUAUUUCGACAAAACGGCUGAUGACACAUAGAUGUCGCUAUAUAACAAACAAUGGCUGUAUUCUUAUGUUGUUAUUAAUGACAUAAACACAUUGGUUAUACUUUUAAUCCGGUAUGCAUCAGAAUGAAAAGUAUAUACUGGUCAAUCAAUUAUAUGCCAAUAAACUUGAAUGUUUAAAGUCUAUAUUGCACACACGAAGUGAUCUAUAAUAAAUAUUUAUGGUUAUACGACGCAUGUUAUUCAAUAUCAACUGUGAUUUUUGAUUCAUAUAAUUAAGAGAAAAUAAAAAAAAUAUUUUUAACAAAAAUCUAGAAAAAUGCAGUGGCCAUCCUUUACUCUUAUAUUAACGGAAUUAUUUUUAGUUUAUAUAAUUUAUUCGAUUUAUAAUUUAUCUUUAUUGUUUGUGGCACCAGCUUGUGAAGACAACAAAUUAUGCUUAACAUCAUAUUUGAAUCAAAAACCACAAUUACAAUUGCAAGUUUAUAGUUCUGUCGAUAGAUAUCCUACCGCACAACAAGUUGAUUUUGUAUAUAAUAAUAAAAAUUUUAAUUAUACUCAUGCAAAUACUCUCCCAUUAACCUUGAAUAUUCCACGCAAAACACGAAACAAUGGAACAUUGUUUCUUCAUAUUAUCAUAGCACCAAAUUCUAAGAAAUAUGAAAAAAAUAUUAAUAUACAAAAGGAUCCAUAUGUAUCUUCUAUUACCAUCAAAAUGACACAAUAUAAAGUUCCUGAAGCAGAAGCUUUUAAUUUAUUGAGUGAAAAACAUUCAGAUUUAAAAAAAAAACAAAAUUUAAUAAAUCCAGUAACACAUAUUAAGAGCCGUGUAACAUUUACAAUAAUGACAGAUGAUAUAAAACUUCCUAUACAUAAUGUACCUAUAGAACUUGUAAAUCAUUUGAAAAUUAUACAAGGCAAAACAUUUUUACCUAUAGUUAAUUGUGAUUUUUUACAAACUAGACAUCAUGAUUUAAUGAGAAUCAUGCCUCAAAACAAUACAGUUAAUAUUACAUUGCAAUAUUCUCCAAUUUCUAUUUCAAAGCUAAGAUUGUUAUUGCAUGUGGAAGCUACUAUGCAAAAUUUAAAAAAUCUUGGAUUUUCUGAUAAAGAUAUGGAUGAAGUAAAAGGAAUUUUUGUAGAUACUAAUAUAUAUAUAUUGGGAGGAACUUUUCUUAUUGCAGCCAUUCAUUUGCUGUUUGAUUUCCUUGCUUUUAAAAAUGAUGUGAGUUAUUGGAGAAGAAAAGAUAAUCUUGUAGGUCUUAGUAAAUGGACUGUUGCGUGGCGAGGAUUUAGUCAAACUGUCAUCUUUCUUUAUUUAUUAGAUGAAGGUUCAUCUUUGCUUGUACUUAUUCCUACAGGCAUUGGAUCUAUUAUUGAGAUGUGGAAAUUAAAGAAAGUGUUGAAACUUAGACUUAAAAGUAAUAAUAAUAAUAAUUAUAUGGCUGAAAUUAGAACAAGGGAAUUUGAUGCAGAAAGUAUGCGUUAUUUAAGUUAUUUAUUAUAUCCUCUUGUCAUUGGUGGUGCAAUUUAUUCUUUACUUUAUCAACAUCACAAAAGUUGGUAUUCAUGGAGUAUUAAUUCUUUAGUUAAUGGAGUUUAUGCAUUUGGUUUUUUGUUUAUGCUUCCUCAACUUUUUGUAAACUAUAAAUUAAAAUCUGUAGCACAUUUACCAUGGAAAACAUUUAUGUAUAAAGCAUUUAAUACAUUUAUAGAUGAUGUUUUUGCAUUUAUCAUUGUUACACCAACAGCGCAUAGAAUAGCUUGUUUUAGAGAUGAUGCUGUUUUCCUUAUUUAUCUUUAUCAAAGAUGGCUAUAUCCAGUAGAUAAAUCUCGUCCAGAUGUCGUUACUAUUGAUGAAGAACCUGUUGAUUUUGAAAAUUUAGAUUAUAAAAAGACAGACUAAAAUGAACUUUAUAUUAUUUAACAUUUAAUAUUUAUAUCAUAUAAAAAAAUAAAAAUUAUUAUUAUUAUUAGUCACUAUUUGAAUAAUAAUGUACAUAUUAUAAAUGCCUAAAUGCAAUUCAUAAUAUUUUAGAUGUAAUCUUUUGUUAUAUAUUUACACUUUUACAAAAAAAUGUUGAAAUAUAAAUAUUUUUCAUUAUAAU